AUGUCAGUAGAUAUCACCACCUCUACUCAUUCCUCCGCUGGUCUCAUGUUCACUCUGUUUGGUUCUCUUGUUUGUCUGAAUCAAGUCAUCUCAAAUCUCAAAGCUCAAGUAACAGCUCUGAAGGAGUUGGGAGAAGGAAUGUUUGGGAGGCAUGAAGAUAAGUCAGAGGUGGAUACAAACAACGAGUUGGAAAUGAAGAAGGAUGUGGAACAGAUAGUGGAUGAGGCAUGUUGGGAAGGGAGUCAGGAAAUGGAACUGCUAAAUGUUGAUGGAUACAGUAUGUACAUGUGCAUGGAAAUCAUGUCCUCACGUGGGAGUGUUGGAGGGGUCAAAUAA